CCAGUCACAGCCUUGCAUAUGUCUGGCUCGAGUGUGCAUAGUUAGUUCUUGCAAGCACACCGUGACGCCGACAUCUCCGGACAAGGACAUUUACAGGGUUUUCCUCACUAUAGCGAAGGAAAAAGAGAGAAUUUUAAAAAAUGGUCGAAAUCCAAAUGUCUACGUUGGGGCUGGUGGAUGAGUGGAAGAAACCGGCCCAUGGGACACAGUAUCUGGCUGCUCUUUCUGCCUCCAUGGGCGCUAUGGCCGUGGGCUCAGCCAUAGGAUACUCCUCCCCUGCUAGCGCCGCCCUACUCUCCAAACCGCCCACAAACACCUCGGACAACACCACCAGCGCCCCUGAGUGGCUGGCGGAGAACGAUCACCAAUUGUCACUGACGCCGAUGGAAAACAACUGGUUCGCCGCCUCCCUCAGCGCCGGUGCCCUGGUCGGCUGUGUGGUCGCGGGGUUUAGUCUGAACACCUUAGGGAGGAAGGGAACCAUGCUGGCUUCGCUCGUGCCGCUCAUGCUAGGGUGGGCGCUGAUAGGUUUUGCACAGAACAUCGGUAUGCUCGUGACCGGCCGUGUGUUAUGCGGACUGUGCACUGGAAUUACGUCAUUAGUAUGCCCGACUUAUACCACUGAGUAUGCUUCGAAAGACAUACGUGGUGCAUUAGGUUCAGGCUUCCAACUCUUCAUCACCAUCGGUAUCCUUUACGCCUACCUCUUCGGCGCCGUUGUGGAGUCCUGGCGGUGGCUGGUCCUCGUCUGCGCCGUUGUCGGAGGUAUCUACUUCCUGUUGGCGAUCUUCAUCAAGGAAUCUCCCACGUUUCUGCUGUCCAAAGGCAAGGAGGAGGAAGCGAGGGCGUCAAUGCAGUAUUUUCGAGGAAAGUCCUACGACAUCGAGCCGGAGAUGAAGGCCCUGAAGGAGUCCUUGGAGGAAGCAGCCAAGAACAAGGUGUCCUUAUCUGACCUCAAGGAACCCUAUAUCUUGAAGCCCUUGGCCAUUACCCUCGCCCUUAUGGUGUUUCAGCAGGUGGCGGGCGUCAACGCUGUCAUAUACAACAUUAAUCUCAUCUUCCAGGCCUCAGGAACCAGUAUAUCAGAUGAUCUGAGCAGCAUCAUUGUAGGCCUUGUACAGGUCAUCGCGACGGCUGUGGGUUCUCUCCUGAUCGACCGAGCCGGCAGGAAAUUCUUGCUAAGUUUCUCUGCUUUUACCAUGUCACUUUCCAUAGUCAGUCUUGGCGUCUUCUUUUACAUCAAGUCCACGAACGAAUCCUUUGCCCAAGAGUUUCUAGGAUGGCUUCCCCUCACUUCACUCAUGAUCUUCAUCUCUGCCUUUUCCAUUGGUUAUGGCCCUAUUCCGUGGGUCAUGAUGGGCGAGUUGUUUUACCCGAACGUGAAAGAGGCGGCGGGAAGCAUGGCGACGACGCUCAACUGGACCUUCGUGUUUAUUGUGACUUUUGUGUUCGCUCCUCUCCAGGACGCCAUCCACGACUACGGCGCCUACUGGCUGUUCGGCGGACUGUGCGCCGUCAACUUCCUUUUCUGCGUCCUUUUCGUCCCGGAGACCAAGGGCAGGUCGCUGCAGGAGACCAUGGCGCACUUUGGAGGCCCUGCGGCGUGAAUGUGACCAGGGAUUUUAUCUCUCUCUCUUUCUCUUUCUCUUUCUCUUUCUCUUUCUCUUUCUCUUUCUCUUUCUCUUUCUCUUUCUCUCUCUCUCUCUCUCUCUCCUUCUUCCAUUUUUACUUUUCUGGAUAUAGAAGAGGAUUUUCUUUAAGCUUGUUUCGUCCCCCCCCUUUUUUUAGAGAGAGAAAGAGGGGGGGGGGGAAGUUGGUGCUGAUAAUAGUUUAUUAUCAUUCUCUCUUUUUAAGUGAUGUUGAAAUUGGGAUUAUUAAAAUAAGGUUUAACUAAUUACUUUACGGGUGAAGAAUGGAUGAUUAAUUGUGUUGUUAAUGAAGAAUAGACCACCAAUUAUAUAUUGAUGCUAGAGCUAUGAUGACUUAAUUAUACUGGUAUUAAAGCUUAACUUCUUAAAAGUUAUGUUGGUGUUGAAGUAUGGUUGAUUGUUAUGGUGUUGAAACAUGGAUGAAAGUUAUGGUGUUGAAGCAUGGGUGAAAGUUAUGGUGUUGAAGCAUGGAUGAAAGUGAAGCAUGGAUGAAAGUUAUGGUGUUGAGGCAUGGAUGAAAGUUAUGGUGUUGAAGCAUGGGUGAAGUUAUGGUGAUGAAGCAGGAAUUAGUGAUUAUAUGAGAGCGAAUGAAUGAAAACAUAGGAAUGAUCCGUUUAACGUGAAUUUCAUAUUCUUUAUAUAUUUUGAUCGAGAUUUGUAUAUAAAACUACUGUUAAUAUGAUAAGUGUAUAGAUAUAGAUUUUAUCCAGAAAUGAGUAGACUGUUGUAUAUAAUCAGACAACUUUUUGGUUUAUAUUAAUAACACACUAACACAUACUAAUACGGUCUUAUAGAAUAUGCUAAUACGGUAAAAUAAUUUUAGUAAUGUUCUUGAUUGCACAAAAUUGAAAACAUUGGAUUUUGUGUGUUAUCAUCUUAACUUGUGGACCAGGAAUUAGUAUGUAACUAAUAUAUAUGUAUCUUGUAUAUUGUGGAUAAGCUAUUGUGUCACAGUUCUUUGUAGUAAAUAUGAACAAAACGAAAUAUUUUCUAAAAUGAUGAGCAGAUAUUUCAAAGUAGUUAUGACUGUUUUAUUCCACAAGUCGUUCUUAACUUAACUUAUAUAUAUAUAUAUAUAUAUAUAUAUAUAUAUAUAUAUAUAUAUAUAUAUAUAUAUAUACUUUCAUCAGACCUAAUAAUCGACUGAUAGUUUAUAGAUAUUAACUAACAGCUAACCCAGUUUCAAAGAAAUUAAAAACUGGAUAAUAUUUAUGUCAUAAAGCUGUACAUGACAAGACCUAAAUAUAUUUUGUAUUUGAA